AUGAACUCCGCUUUCAACAUUGGGCCACGGCCAGUACUAGAGAUCUCGGAUGACGAUGAUUCUGAUGUCGAAUUUUCCACCCUGGCACCUGCGGUUUCUGAGUCUCACCAAUUCGGUGUCCGAGCCAGCCGUCACAGCGAGCCGAUCGACCUCACGUCUGACUCGGAUGGCGAUCUCACGUUCCUUGGUCGAUCCCGUCCUUCCCACGUUCCUCAGCCUCCCAAACGAAUCAGACUUGACCCUAUCGUUCAAGCCGGAGCCUCAGCCACUGCUCGCCCCAGAGUCACCCCGGGUUUACCUUCACACGAGCACUCGCUGCCUACCGUCAACAAUGGACUUCCACCAGCAAACAACUUUGACGACUUCUCCUUCCUUCACGAUGCGGGAAAUCGCACACUGGCCAUGCCAACCACUCUCAAUGCUAUAAAUACGGACCUCCCUCCUUUGCCAAACUUGCAGCAAAAACCGCCUAUCCGCAAGAAACUCAAAGUCCAGAAACCAGCCCCUUAUUUCUUUGAUCGUGACUUGGAGAUCACAAUGUAUCGAGGCCCUGGCUACGAGCGGUUCCAUGUUGCCUUAGGCACGAACAACGACCAUCAAAUCAUCUGCAACAAAUGGGAUGCCGCCCAGGAGAGAAGCCGAUUGAGAAAGGGUAUGAGACUGCUCCAUCCUCCACCUUUGACUCGUACUCAAAUCCAUGAUAUUGACUCCGACUCCGACUCUGAGUCCGGCAGCGACGAAACCACUGACAAUGAGAAACAGGGGGGCACCUAUUUUGACCAUCUGUGCCUCUCCGCCGUCCUCGAGGUUUUCCCAGAUGUUCAGCGUCAAUUCGUACUGGAAAAGAUCAUGAAAAGUCCAUGGAGAAAGAGCAAGGUCCGAAACAUUAUCACUCUGACCGAUUACGACUUAGUCAUCCCACAAACCAUCAUUUCCGAACUCCUUGAACUGAGUUCUUACCCAAAACAACCAAAGGCCACCAAGACCGAGGGUCUCCCGGGAGAUGGAACAGGGAAAACCAUCGCUUGGAAUAGAGACCUUCCGAAAGAUCCAAUGUACUUCAAGGAAGCCGUUAUUCUGCUUGCCAAAGUCUUCGAUCACACCCCAACUUAUUACAUUCAUAAGAUGGUUCAUGAGACAAAAUCAUUAUUCGAUACCUAUGUCCAUCUGGAUGAAAAGGAAAUCAAAUUUCACCACCUCAAUCCCCGCCCUUAUGCAAGAUUGAGAUUUCCCAGAGUGGUGAUAGAGAAGAAGUACCAACUCACACCUCGUGAACAGCGCAUUCACCACCAAUAUAUUCAACAAGUCAAUGAGUUGCAGGCUGCCAAGCAACAUUGUGCCAGAGAAGCCCACAAGAGUAGUAUUCAAAAGGCAAAGGAUGACGCCGAGGAAGUCAAUGCGCGGGAGCAAAAAGCCAUCGGUGCAAUCACUUCCUGUGGUUGCUGCUUCGAAGAAACCGUGCCACUUAACCGAACCGUCAUCUGCGAAGCAGAUCCUGCACAUUCUUUCUGUUUCACAUGUAUUUCUGGCCUUGCAGAGUCCCAGGUUGGCCUCAUGCAAUACGAAAUGAAAUGCAUGGAUGCUACAAUCUGCUCCGCUAACCUUUGUUGGUCGGCCAUUGCAAAAGCAAUCGACAUCAAAACUUUUGAUCGUCUCGAAUUCAACAGACAACAGGCAGAAAUCAUGGCUGCCGACCUUGAAGGCUUAGAACAAUGCCCCUUCUGUGACUUCAAGGCCAUCUGUGAUACCGUGGACGUUAAUCCCGUUUUCGCUUGCCAGAACCCUGAAUGUGAGGUGGUCUCUUGCCGCAAAUGUCACUUGGAGAACCAUCCACCAAAGACAUGCGAGGAACACCAAAAGGAGAACGAUCUCACUGCUCGCCAUCGAGUCGAAGAAGCCAGAUCUGAUGCUGUCAUGCGAACAUGCCCUAAAUGCAAAGUCAAGAUCAUCAAAGAAGAUGGCUGCAACAAGAUGAUUUGCGCCACCUGCAGAGCAUUCAUGUGUUACGAAUGCCAAGAAGAUCUCACCAAGCUUGGGCCAAAUGUCUACAACCAUUUUAACAAGCCCGGCGCCAAAUGCUCCCUUUAUGAUCGCGUAGGUGUCGAUCGCCAUGAGGUUGAGGCUGAUGACGCUGAGAGAGAAGCCAUCAGAAAAGCCAAAGAAGAAGAUUCCAGUGUUGACGAGACAAGACUUCAAGUAGAAACUGGUAAGCCAAAACCAACAGCGUUGGACCUGCACCCUGCUCGUGACAUGUUUGUGCGCCAUGCAAAUCAUCGCGACAACCAUUUGCGCAUCUUGCGUGACUUGCAGCAACAGAGACGAGAUCUUCUGCUCACGGAUCGAAAUCGCAGAGAAGCACGACGACAGAUAGAAACUCUCCAACACGGUAUUCCAGAUAGACUGAUGAUCCCAGCAUUUGACGUGCGAGUUGCAUUUAACCCACAUGACAUUGGACAUGGACACCAUUUUGCGCGUCGAAUGGCUGCUGUUGAACCUCCUACCAACAACACUCAACCACAUGAGUCGCCGGACAAAGAUAAGGACAAAGAUAAAGGCAAGGGCAAGGAGUCUGUUCUGCCGUUUGGCGCUGGCAAUGUCUAUCGACGCAUUCCCGGGGCGUUCCAUGCGCAGUCACGGAUGCCGAACGUCGACCACCCCCUGGUUCCCCCACAGCUUACCCAGCCAAAUCGUGCCUCUCCACCAUGGAACCGAAUCGAUCGCAGAUCACAAUAUCCGCAAUUUGGGCCCAUUUCUUGGGAUUUUUCUCCAAAUGGCAGCCUCGGUGCGUCAAACGAGUCUCCACAUACCCGACUUGCGCCUCCACCAUAUGCACCUCCCGAGUUCGCUUUGAAUCAAGCGCAAGAGACAUUUGGGUCCCCACCCAACUACGAUGCUGAGGAAGAUUAUGGUUUUCGAGAGAUCUUUGGGGGACGACCGCGUCCGACCUGA